GAUUAAAGUUAACCUAGUUUCGAUAACGUCAACAAAAAAACGCCCACAAAAUAACAAUCAUAAAUUCGUGGACUUUACGAUAAUUAAACAAUCGACAAGUGAUUACUGAGAGGAAUACACCAAAGUCAAUAGUGGUGUAAAUUGCAAACAAAUUAAACAAACGAGGGAGUGGCGGUCUCGUCAGAAUAUCGGCUUUGAAAUGUUGAACGAACAGUUAUUGCAAGAACGUCUGCGUAAUUUCAAACCGGCCCCUUUGAUCGAAUAUGUCGGUGAGGAGAAGAAGAAGGAGGACAUUGAAAUUCCAAUGAUUGUGGAAGAUGCGAACAACAUCGACCUGGCCAAGGCCAAUUACCUGAACAUGUUGGACGAUGAUGAGAUCAAAAAGAUUUCGGAGGACACAAUCAGAAAGUACGGAGUGGGAACGUGCGGCCCCAGAGCAUUUUACGGUACGACUGAUGUGCAUUUGGAACUAGAGGAGCGUAUCGCAAAGUUCUUAGGUUUGGAGGAGGCGAUCGUCUACUCGUACGGUUUCGUGGCCAUUUCCAGUUCAAUCGCGGCCUACUGCAAAAAGUCUGACGUCAUUUUUGCAGAUGAACACGCCAACUUUCCCAUUCAACAAGGAUUAUUGGCUGCCAAGAGUAAAGUUGUGACGUUCAAUCACAACGAUGCGAAAAGUUUCGAAACGAUGGCCGAAAGAAUUGCCGAGGAAGAGAAAAGCAAGAAGAAAAAGUCGAGAAAGUUUCUGGUGAUUGAAGCCGUUUCUUGGAAAACGGGCCAGAUCUGUCCGCUGCUGGACUUUUUGGAAGUGGCAGAAAAGUAUAAAAUCCGAGUGUUUUUGGAAGAAAGUUAUUCGAUCGGUAUCCUGGGAAAAACCGGCAAAGGACUGACCGAACAUUUGGACGUCGGACCGAACAGGGUGGACAUGAUCAUCGGUACGUUGGAGAACGCAUUGGGAUCGAUCGGAGGCUUCUGCGCCGGAACACACAUGACCAUCGAACACCAAAGGUUGUCCGGAUCCGGAUACAUCUUUUCCGCCUCUCUGCCCACUUUUCUGGUGCAAGCCGUCAUCAAAUCCAUCGACGUAUUGGAGGACAAACCCAACAAGAUCAGACAGUGUGCCAAAGAGUUCCACGACGUUUUGCAACAAAACUACAGGGUCUUGAGCGAUGCCGAAGUGCCUUAUAAGGUUUUCAACGUGAAGGACGAGAAGAAUCGAGAAGAGAAGUUGAAACGAGUUUACGAGUACUGCAAGGAGAAGGGCGUACAUUUUCUAAUGAAAGACGGUAAUUUAAUCAUCAACUUGAACCUGGCUCUGUUUGAUGACAAGAAACGUUCCACUUUUGUGUACGAAGUCUUGGAACAAGCCUCAACGUUGAAUUAAUUCUUUUUAUUAUAUUUAUAUAUUAUACACGAUUGCCGGCGAUUGUUAGUAUUAGUGUGCACCAAAAUUUCAAUAAAUUAUUAUUAUUAUUAUUAUUAUUCAGUUAAA